UGGACAGUCAAACGCUCUGGCCAGGUGUCAUAAUUAUAAUUAUUUCAAGGAGGUGAUGAUAUACUGGUAUUCCUUUUGUUCUUUUAUACUUUGUUUUUCAGGAGUAUAUGAUCAGAAGCUCAGAGGAACUUGUCUUCUCUUUUGUGUCUCUUACUCCUCUCUCUCUCAUCUCUGCCCACCAUCUGUCUUUCUUCAGUCAUUAACUCCUCUUAAUGAUGGUUCCUCUCGUGAUCCGUGGCCUCCCACACCGAGUGUUGCGUUAAUCCUAGACAGUCCCAACGAUAAUUAGAGGACCCCAUGUAACGGAGCGACGCAAAGGUAAGAGCUUUUCUGAGAAGAAAAAAGGUUAGAGCUUUGGAGAGAAGACGCAGUGGAGACAGGUAGAGAAGUAGAAAGGCAGGGCUUUGGGGAGGUUUUAGAGGAGGUCAAGAUUGGAUUUUGGGAGAAGAUAGACUAUUAAAUAAGUCCCAAGCCCAGAGACCAGUGGGAGUCUCCUUCCUCUUUGAGAAGACGGGCAAUAUAGAAUAGAAAAGAAAGGUCCUUUGGUUCUUUCCUCCUUCCUCUUAGUUACUUUACCGUACCAGAAAUAUUUAUAGUUGCUGAAAAGAAUAACACAAUUUGAAGAAAAGAAGAAGAGGAGAAAGAGAGAUGGGGAACUGCGGAAGGAAUGGAGCUGUGAGGCAGUACAUCAGAUCCAAGGUGCCUCGCUUGAGAUGGACCCCUGACCUCCACCACUGCUUUGUUCAUGCCAUAGAGAAGCUUGGAGGACAGGAAAAGGCUACACCCAAGCUUGUCCUUCAGCUGAUGGAUGUUAGAGGACUCACCAUAUCCCAUGUUAAAAGCCAUCUCCAGAUGUACAGAAACAUGAGGAAUGACAUGGGCAGGCAAGCUAAUACAGUUGGGUCAAAGAAAAACCCUUGCUUCGUAUCUCAAUCAUCUUGUUUAUCGUCAGAGUUGCAAGCAAAAAAGCACUUAUGUGAAGCCAUUGAUGGUGGUACUGAUAAGCAAGAUGAUGAGGACUCCAGCCCUUCUUCAAAGCCCACCAAGGAGUUCCAGUCCCAGUUCAUGCACUCCCCACUCCCUCCUCUGAAAAGGGCUCGAAUGGAGACACAAGCCAUCUCCAAAAGCUUGCAAUGCAGCAAAGAAAUGGGUGAGAGAGUCACCUCCGCCUUUUGCUUUGUUGAUUACAUGCAAGCCGUGGCUUUUGGGAGGGGAAUAAAAGAGGAGGGCCUCAGGUGGCAGAAAGAUGCUUUGGAGACUGGUUUAUUGGCGGAUCAUCGCCCUUCCAAGCUCAGAGUGUCAGGACAUAUGGUGGAAGAAUCUGGCCCUCUAAAGAGCAGCAUACCAAGCGACCAGAAUCUUAUCUCCGCAAAGGAGCUCAAGUCUGACAGGAGAUAUGAGAAUGGAUGUCAAUCCUAUACGUCCCUACCAUCCAAUGGGCUUUCGGAGGAGAGAGAGGAGGUCAAUGAUUGCUUACUAUCACUAUCCUUGUCAUUGCACCCGAAACAAAGGAGUAAUACUUCCUCAGAAAGUGAAAGCAGUGGAGUGAUCUCUUCAUCUUCAAGGAGCAACUUCAGUGAUUGUUCAGGUUAUUCUGAAGGUCCCAGAAUCAAUUUGGAUCUCUCCAUGUCUAUCUAUGGUCCUUAGCUUAAACCUUUUCCCAUUUUCUCUUUCUUUUUUCUUUUUCUUGGUGGUGGGUUGGAGGGAAUCGAGUUAUAGCCACUGUUUCUUUUUGGCUGGCCGCACUAGCAUCUUAUCAUCUUACCUGGUAUACCUCCAUGACACUUUGCAUGUACUUGGUAUAAUGGAUACAUUUGCAGGAGCUUCUAGUGUAGUCUUAAAA